AUGUUUUCAGUUGCCCUUCGGUCAUCUGACAAGAGUUUGAAGUCAUUUAUUGCCGUUUUAUUCGGACAUAUUAGGGAAAUUCUAUUAUGGCGGCGGUAGAGAAAUAUAUAUUUUGUCUUUUGGAUAAAUCCGCGCUUGAUUGGGACUCUUAUACACUGCCAGUGUUUUGAUUCUUUUAAAAAACAAGGGCAUACCGUGAGAUCUACACUUGAGGAAAUGUCUUUGUUUAGGCAAUGCUGAUUCAAGGUAGCAGAAGAAAAAAAUGGCUCAUGUUCCCUGUGAUAAGAGUGAGAAACAGCUGGAUGGAGAUUCACUUGGUGGCAUCGCAGAGGAGAUGGAGCUGCUUCAUAUCGAUGUGGAGGCAGCAGAGGACAAGCCCGGCAGAGAGGAGGCACUGUGCUCUAGGAACGUCAUGAGAAAGCAGCGGCACUGGGAGAAGCAUCUGGCAGCGAAGAGGAGCAAGCGGAAGGAGAAGAAGCAGAGGAGGAAGCUCAACCGUGAGCAGGAAUCAGGUGGCAGCUCGGACAAUCCUCAGCUCACCAAACGGGUCAUCAAGGCGAUCACCAAAGAGCGUCUGGCUGCAGCUCAGUGCACAGGGCUCAGGCUGUGUGUGGACCUUAGCAUGACGGACUGCAUGUCUGACAAGGAGAUAUGCCGGCUUGCCGGCCAGUUGAGACGGCUGUAUGGCUCAAACAGGAAGGCAAAUCGACCUUUCCACCUGUUCCUGACGGACCUGAGAGAGGACAGUCGUCUCUACAGAGAGUGCCUUAGAAUGAACGACGGCUUCCUUAACUAUGUGAUGGACAUGACAGAGGAAAGCUGUCUGGACCUGUUUCCUCCUCAAAAUAUCAUCUACCUCACCCCGGAUGCUGAAGAAGCCUUGGAAAUACUGGAGGUUGACAAAGUGUACAUCCUUGGUGGCCUUGUGGAUGAAAGCAUCCAGAAGAAGAUAAGCUAUUUGAGGGCCAGUGAACUCAGCGUCCAGAUGGCGAGGCUGCCAAUUGACGAGUACAUGGUGAAGAAAAACAACCCCAAGAACUUCCACUCCAAGAUCCUUGCAGUUAACCAAGUGUUUGACAUCCUGCUGACUUUCUGUGACACCGGUAGCUGGACGAAAGCUCUGGAGGCUUGGUUCCCCCAUGGGAAGGGUUACAUUGUUGCACACGGCGGUUCUCACUCUCCUGCUGUCACUCUGCCACUGACCUAGCACAGGGAGUAACUUACCGUAAAAACUCUUUUAUUUCCCCGGGGAGUGGAUGGAAAUUUCUUCUUUGGAAUGCAUUUCAACUGAAAUUCACCACAUUCCCUGGGAAGUCACUAAGGAGGAGAUUAAGAGACAGAACAAAAGAGAUGCAACUCUAACCUUGGGAACUCAUGGAAAGCAACUGAAAGUGCCUGACUACGGGAAAAAACAGACUUCGAGAUGUUCAUUAGACCUUACCUGACUGGAAUCAUCUAUCAACAGGGUGGAAAGAACUUGAGAAGAGUGUCAGGGCACUGGGGACAGGGAAGGACUAAGCUUUUGGCCCUUUUCCACUAGUACCUACUCGGCUCGACUCGGCUCGACUCUACUCGGUUUGAGAGCUUUUCCAUUAGGUGGUAGUACCUGGUAGUAGAUACUAUUUUGGGACCUACUCGGCCGGGGUUCCAAGCGAGCUGAGUCCAGCUGAGUUGAGCCGAGUAGGUACUAGUGGAAAAGGGGUAUUUGUGACUCCUAAUGGCUGCUAGGACAAGUUUUCUAGAUUUUAGACCAGCUGGUACUGCAGACACUUUAAUUCAAUAUUUUUUAUUCUAGGACAAGGAAGCGCACAUAACGGCACAGAAACCACCUCAGGUUCUCAGACUGCUCACUGCUGUAUUUGGUUUUUCUUUGUCCUGUGACAGAAUCAGCACCUCAGUAACGGGUAAUCACUUCUUGUAAGUUUGACGUGCCUCCUCACAGAGAAUGUAUCCUUGAUUUUCACAGACCACUACUGAGAUAUACACGUACUGUUAUACAUUUUUCUUGUAUAUUAUAUUUUGAGAACAUGUUUUUUUUACUUAAAAGAGUGUGCACACCUUUGUUGCUGGUUCUCAGAGC